AUGCGGUCCUGAUUUUCUAACCAUCUUCAUACUCUUCUUUAAUCGGUGAAAAUUUACGAAAAAAUGUUGGCCUCAAUCCGAAGAGCCUGAAUUUUGAUUUUGUUCGUGUUUUGAAAUGAAUUUUUCAGUUGCGUAUUGAAGACGCGAUCUGUUCUUUUUUGUUUUCCUUUUUUUUUUAUCCUCUGUUUGGCUUCUGAGAAAGUGAAGGAAAAUAACUUAGCUACUAAGGUUCUGCUCUUGCUUUUAAUGGCGGAAAUUGAUUUUCUAUUUUUGAUCCAAACAAACUUUAUUGUUUUUAAAAAAAAAAAAAAAUUGAGCAACUACUUUAAUGACUAAUUAAUUGGCAUUAAUUCCAAAGGAAAUUGAAAAUACAGUGCAACAACCUUUCAUUGCUAUCUGUUCAUUUUACUCAUUAAUUAUUCGAAUUAGUUCUUCUCUCCAGUUUGAAAUCUCCAACGCGUUAAUAAAUUCUCUUCUUCCUCUUAAAUACCUUGUGUAUGAGUUUAUUAUCUACACAUAAAUAAAUACAUAAUUUACUUCUCUUGGCAAUAUUAAGAAUAAUAAUCAAUUUUGUAUUUCUUUGUCUGAUUCUUAUGAAAAAAAAAAUAUAUAUUAUUGAGUUAUUAAAUCGUUGACGUUAAUUUUUUAUAUAUUAUUAAAUGAAUUAUAAUUUUUAAAAAGGAAAUUUGAACCCAACCUUAGAGUUAGGGUGAAUGAUUAAUCGAUUAAAUAUAUAGUCAUUGAAUCAUGAAAUUCAAGUGCAACGCUAAUUUUUUAUAUUUAAUAUUUUAAUUUAUUUAGAAUUUUAUGCAUAGGAGUUCUUUGUUUAUGAUCUGAUCAUAUACUUUAGUGCUAUUUAAACGCACAACCCCUUUUUAGAUCUAUUUAUUAAUUUUUGUUGUUUAUAGUUUUUGAUUUAUUAUAUAUUUAUUAUGAAUACUUUGCAGUCUGGGAAGGUGUAUUUGCAAAAAUGCAGUUCCCAAAAUUCAACGUUGUCGGCGGCAUCCUCAGACGGAAAGAUUCCGAUGAAUCAAAUAGUGCCGAAGUUUCAUGAUUUAAAUUUCCCGCCAUCUCCGAGAAAACCGUUACAUAAUCUGUUUGAUGAAUCUAGCUUGGAGCUGAAGUUAGAUUCCUCUGCCUCCUCGGCGAUCAAUUACCAGAGUGUUUGUACUCUUGAUAAAGUGAAAUCCGCGUUGGAGAGGGCGGAGAAAGAACCAGUUGUUAGGAAACGAUCAACGACGUCGUUGUGGAGAUCAUCGCCUUCGUACUCUACAUCGUCUUCGUCAAUCCCGGAUGAUGCGAAUGAAGCGAAGUUUUCUUCCCCGGUGGCAGUAGGUUGCCCUGGUUGCUUAUCGUAUGUGUUAAUAAUGAAAAACGAUCCAAAGUGUCCUAGAUGCAGUUCAGUUGUUCUGGUGCCAGCAAUGAAGAAGCCUCGAAUCGAUCUAAAUAUGUCAAUUUGAGGGAGAAAAGAGGAUGGACGGAAGGUAUCUGUUUAUGUUUCUUUUGUAAAGCAAUAGAUAGAUGAAUUAGUGGUUGGAAGAAUAGACGUUUUUUUUUUUU